GAAGGGAAGGAAGGGAAAGGGGAUACACUGUCAAGACUUCGGCCUCAGUUGCUUUGUUUGUUUAUUUUGUACACAAUGUGAUAUAGAUCUAGAUUCUAGAUCUGACUUAACAGAAGUGUCGUUUGAUUAUUCCAUGUGCUUUAGUAAAUUUUAAAAUGAAAUCAUGGACUUGUGAAAUAGCCAUGACAAUGUCAACGCGCUAGUCCAGGCUAGGUUGGGAGUUCUUCUUCAGUGAAGUUCACUUUGUUGACACGACUUCGUUUGGUAGAUCUAAAAUCUAGAUUUAGAUCUAGAUCUAGAUUAGAAGUUCAGAGUAUCUUACAACGACUGAGAUUGCAUGUGACUCAAAUUGUAACACAUUUAGAUCUCUACAUGUCACGGUAAUAACAGAAUUUCCAAAGUCAUUGUUUGCUUACCUCCUAAGUCAACUGGUAGUAAUGGAAGUUGGUACCGAGGACUUUGGAUCAGAGGAUGUGAUUAUGGAUAGUGCUAGUACUACUUCGAUUUUGGAAGGAAGUCUGUCAGGUGAAGAGGAAAAUGCAGUUGAUGCUGAGGAAAAUGUUGACGCCGGCAGUGAUCCAGGAGAGGACCAUGAGUUUGAAAUAAUUGAUCAGGUUGAAAGUGAGGAGGAGGGAGAUGAGAAAGAUGCAAGAAGACAAAAGACAGGGGAUGAUAAAGAAGGUGAGGAGGAUGAGUUCACGUCAGACAGUGAUCUGGAUGACUCAGAGCUUCAUGCAAUGCUGGAGAAAGGCAUCGAUAAGGACAGUAUCUCUGCCAACAAAGGGGAAGAGCCAGCUGAGGGAGCUCCAAUCAUUAAGCACAAAAUUGUGUUGCAAGAGUUGGAGACAGAUCCAUUUGACAUACUUCCCCCUGGAUGGGUGUGUGUGACCCACAACUGCGGCAUGCCUGUGUACCUUCACAAAGAGAGUCGCGUCUGCACCAUGGCCAGGCCAUACAGUUUGGGAUCUGCCAGUACAAGGAACCACGACAUUCCUAUCUCAGCCAUUCCGUGUCUUCAGUACAAAAGACAGAUUGAGAAACUCUGCGACAAUGUUGAAGUUACAGACAACGGUUGUGGUGAUGAACAGAGGACUGUUGAAAAGAAGAGUCAGGAAGUGUCUGAGGACGGGCAAGAAGCUGUCACUGCUGCGGGAGAAGCAGAGAGGUGUCCUCUCAAAGUCUUGAAAUCUCCGCAGAAGAAAAUUUGGUGUGUCUCACAAGAAUCUACCUCGAAGGCUCUGGACCAUGACAAUUCAGGAGGGGAAAAUACUGUGAAGGAAGUUUCGUCUGUUGUCGCUGCUUCCGAUUCCUCUGCUGCGGGUGGUGUGGACGCUGCAUUAUGUCAGGACUCGCCUCAGACAAUGUGGGUCAUGUCACAGGGUUCUUUCCAAAAAGUUAAGGUAGGUCCUCAGCCGGAAGCUUUGCACAUGGGUAGGAUGGAGUACUGCAGUCAAAGUGCUGCAAGUGGCGAUCAGUAUUCAGGCCAGACUUGUAAAGAAAAAAUUCAUAUUCCGAGAUCGCCGGGUGAGGCAAAUAUUGCUGUCAGUUUAGACUGUUCAACUAUUUUAAAUGAUUCUGAGGUUGUUGAUUCAGAAUCAACACCUACUCAAACAAACAAAGAAUCUCUUCGCGUAAAUGGUGCUGAAUAUAAUUAUGAAAUAUGUGCACAUGAUCCUUCGAAUACCACCUCUGUGAAAUUGGCGGGGAGAAAUCAAGAGGAAAAUAUGGGUCUUUCCUGUCAAAAUGAAGCAAAGUCCCAGUCAGGUUUGGGGGCUGUGUCUGGCUCUUCAGGUGAGAUGGGAGUAAAAAAUGAGGCCCCAAAUUCGGGUGAUGAUGGGAGUGGGUUGGAGGAAGGCGAAAUUGAAGAGCUCCCGACUUCAUCAGACGUGGCUGGUGUCGACGCUAGGAGUGGCGAAAAAAUUCGAUGCCCGGUAGGACAUCAUUCUAAAGACCCAACAAAAUCACUUGUGACUUCGGAAGAGUGCACAUCGAAUAAUUGUGUUCAGUCGAACUUUUCCUCCCCUGAAUUUGCUACGUUCAAACCAACGGAUGCAGCAGUUAACGGUGGCCUCGGCAACGACGACAACGCGAUUGUGGUGAGGGAGGAAGCCUCGAGCAGUUCAGAACCCUCAGAGAUUGUGACCAGCCAGAGCAACACACUGGCCGCCAUCAAGCGCAAGCUCGAGUCGCUCAAGAACAGGCAUGGGGGCAAGCAGAGGAAGCUGGACGGUUCUGGUGGGUCGUCGGCGACAGGCUGGCCCACUGAGCACAACCUGACCGUCAACGUGGUCAAACAUAGCAGCCCAGGAGACUCAACGGAAGCUCAGAACACUGCCAACGAGACUUUGAAAGCUCAUGCUGCUGAAGUGAAAAUAAAGACGGCAGAGGAGCGAGCAAAGGAAUCGCUUCUCAAUUCUGAUUCCUUGCACUCUUACUGUGAACGACUAUUCCGGUUCAAGACAAUUGAAGUGAAAAAAUACAGGUCAUGGCGGGAAAGGAGGAAACACAUUGGCGAAAAAAUCAGAAAGAGCCGACCAGAACUGCCAUCCUCCACAAAACUGAUCACCUGCCCCAUACUGGGCAGUGGUAAGCCUGACAGCUCAAAUCCGCAGUGGAAAAAAAGAGAGUUUGUGCUCAACCCUACGGGCAAGUCCUAUUUGUGUAUCUUGCAUGAGUACAUGCAGAGGACGUUGAAGAUUCAACCGACGUACAUUUUCAAAGAGCUGGAAAAUUCCAAGACCCCCUAUGGAGCGACAGUGACAAUUAACAAUAUUGAGUACGGCACAGGCUAUGCUUCAUCCAAGAAAGUAGCUAAGCAAGAAGCAGCAAAAGAGACUCUCAAAAUUCUGAUUCCUGAUCUCUUCAAUAAGAUAACAGACCAGGAGAUCAAGCGCAACGUGUCAGAUUUAUCAUUUUUUGACGAAAUCAAAGUGACAGACCCACGUGUGAAUGACCUGGGGAAUAAAGUAGGUCAGCCGAGCCCAUACCAGUUGCUUCUGGAAUGUUUGAGAAGAAACUUUGGCAUGGGCAACACGCAGUGCAAUGUGAGUACGCAGCCUCUCAAGAACCAGAAGUGUGAGUUCUCCAUCGAAGUGGGAAAGCACUCGGCUACGGUUGUGGCCAAGAACAAACGAGACGGGAAACAGCUGGCGGCCCAGGCUAUCCUGGCAAAACUCCACCCUCAUGUGCCCAGCUGGGGCUCGCUGCUCCGGCUCUACGGAACCAACAUGGAGAAGCCUGUCGAGAAAGUGGAGGAGAUGAAUGAGAUCAAGACGCACGCGCCAAACCACUCUGUGCUGGAGAGUCUGAAGGAAGAGAUGAGGAAACUACACAAACAAAAGGAAGCCAUUCAGUCUAAAGGAAAGAUCAUCAUCUCUAGCAAAGACCUCCCCAGCAAAAUGUCCGGAGUGGACUUGUGAACAGUGACUAAUCCGUCCCCGAGGGCAGCGAUAUUAUCAAUCCAUCUAUUUUGUUUUGCAAUGUUGAUGUGAAAUUGACGAUUGGUUUUUGGUCCUGUGGGUCUUUUUUUUGUCUGUUGAAUUGAAUGAGUCGUUUGUUGUUUGUUAGUAAUAUUAUUGAAGCGUAACUGACUGUUAAAGAAAUUGAUUGUGGUGGUCAUUUGGGACUUUUGUCUCUUGUGAUGAUGAUACCAUCUAUUGCAAGUUUGCAAUAUUGAAAGUGUAACUGACUGUGAAAGUAAUUGAUUGUGUUGGUCGUAUUGUACUUGUAUUUUGUUGGGGGGUUUUUGUGUCUGAUGAGUUGACUGGAACCAUCUAUUGUAUGUUUGUAACAUUGAGUGAAAUUUACUGUUAAAGAAAUUGAUUGUGUCGGUCAUGUGGGGGUUUUUUUUGUCCACGUUGAAUGGGACUAUCUACUGUAUGUUUGCAAUAUUGAAAGUGAAUUGACUGAAAGAAAUUGAUUGUGUUGGUCAUAUGGGUUUUUUGUUGGAUGAAUGAAUGGAACGAUCUAUUUUAUGUUUGCAACGUAAAUGGGAGAUUAGGCUGUAACGAAUUGAUAUUGAAUAUGCAAUUUAUCUGUUGUUGAGAAUUCUCUUAAGGCUUAAGUGUUAUUUGUAUAAGUGCAAGUUAAAUGGUAUGAUUGUUUUUAGAAAUGCCUAGUACCUGGAAGAAAUAGGGUUUGUAUGAUUUUUGCACAUUUUCUACAGGCCCUGAUCGGCUUUGCAUAGGUCCCAAUACUAGUGGCACCCACUACAGCAGCGUGGGACCUUACCGUAAUCCCCCUUUUUUUUUUCUCUAUGUAAACUUAAUUACCUGUGCUCGGGUUUAGCGGGGCAAGGAAAGGCCCGAACUCGGAUACAGGGGAGACAUUGUCUCCCUCACAGCUUGGGUUAGUCCUGACUGGCAGGGUUGGAAGCUCGCCUCAUAAAUGAUCUUAAUUCUGUUGACGGGAGUGUAAAAACAUCAGAAUCAAAAAGAAAUUUCUUCACUUAGCAAAACAAUCAUAUGAUAUCUGUUUGAUGUUGAUGAGAGGUGGUUGCCACUGCUCAGUGUCGUAAGAACUGCUAAUCUUAGGUCAAAUAUUUGAAAAGCUUGCAAGAUUUUUUCCUUAAAUUGUCAGUUUUCAGCAAAGGGACCUAACCCUCCUCUGUCUUCUCAAAGACUAGGUUCAUUAUUCAUGGUUACAUCCCCUCACUUACAAUAUAGCUGGGAACGUUAAGUCAUUCGUAAUAAUUUAUUUCCUAGUUAGAGAAUAAAGAACAAAUUUCAGUAACAGUAAGGUGUAUGUACCUUCCUGGCUUUCCUCACAGGGACACCGUUUUUUUCAUUUUUGCCAUGAUUUCUGUUAUUUUCUCUGGAAGAACAGUUAUUUUUCUAAGCAUUUGUUUUCUGCUUAAAACUAUACAGUCCAGUCCAUUUGACCUCUGUUACUACAGGAACUUGGGUAAAACAGUGAUAAAUCCAAAUCAAAUCCCCUUUCUUUUCUCUACGGUACAAGUGUAUAAGUAAUACAAACCUGGCUAUAGUAUAUUCAGGGUUCAAUUUGUGCAGACUCAGAUAUAACAGUGAUUUUGCAGCGCUUGAACUUACUUUCGAUCUGUCAAAUUAAAAUUUUGUCUCAACCUAGACAUUAGGCAUGUUUGUAUGAUGGUCACUUGCCUAAACACAAACUUUCAAAUCACCCCGCCCCACCAUCGGUUCAAUGAUAGAUUCCGUCUCAGUGUCAGCAAAACAGCCCGUUUGAUUUACGUUAAUCAUAUAGUAAGCUGAAGGUGCUAUGGUACUGGUAGUUUCCCAUGACAAUGCUUGUAACAGGACUGGCUUAUAACAGGGAAAAACUGCCGGUCCCAUCUGUCCUAUUAUAUCCCAGUUUGACUAUUAGUUCUGUCUAGUAGUAGUAUAAACUGUCAUUUUGUUUUCAAAUGCGUAAAUUUUUAGUUAUUUUCACAAAAUGUACAUAAUAAUAAUAAUAGAUCUAAUAAUAAUAAUGAUAAAAAAUAAGUGACACUUUUCAGUCUUUGAAUGAAACAAGGAGCACUGUGAUAACUCUUUCAGUCUAUAGUACAUUCCCAUAACCCUCUGUGGGCUAUAGAGUGGAUGACUCUGGGACAAAUCUCCAAGUUCUGAGCUUGGGGGUGUUGUUUUGGGGACUUAUUAGGGCUCUCCAUCCAUUUGGCUCGGCCCUAUCAGAGAUGCAGCGUUUAAGUCGAAGGCACUGUCUCUUAAAUGACUUACCUAUGUUGAGAGGAGCAUUAAGACUCUACAUGUACAAUUUAAUCCUUUUUGUCUAGUUAAUUUGGUUUGUGUGAUCAACUCCAGUGAGUUCAACACUGGCGGAGUUGACCGUACUGUAUCAUGAAAAUGAAAAAGCAGUUGAAUGAAGAAAGUAGAUGUAAGUUUGAUUGGAUAAUGAACCCUUGCCCCAGUGUCAGUUUUUGUUUUAAAGUUGAGAUAUAGGGGCCUAGGCCUAGAGGAGAUUUUUGAGGACUUUUAUGAAGAAUCAGCAGCAUAAUUGUCUGAAUGUUGUUAGCUUUGCAACAGCAGCUUUCGAUGUGAUUCCCAUUUGUGCUUAAUGAAGCGCCUUCAAUUUGUCAUUCAUCGUACAAUUUAUGUGCAUGUGUUUAUGCAUUAUAAUGUCAUUCUUUCUUUGCUGUAAUAUUUUUACCUUAAUAAACUUUUUCUAACUUCGAAGGAGAUAUAUAAUCA